GCAGGUGCAUAGCGCCAGACGCCGCUUCCGACCAGUACUAUUUAAAUGGCGUCUGGCUAGGACACAAGCGAAACGCAGCAAUCUCAAAUGCAAUUCCUUCUCUUUGCUCUUGCCAUUUGUGUCUCAGUGAGACUUACAUACCAGCAAGCAACUGGCUACUGUCCUGGAGGAGUUCAGUCGCUUCCCUUAGACUGUGAUCCAAAGCAUCCGUGGCCGAGAUGCCCUCCACAGACGUAUUGCUAUGCGACCAACAGUGUCGAUAUUGGGCCGUACUACUGCUGUCCCGCAGGCGGAAACAACGUACCUCAGCCUACCUCUGCACCACAGCCUGCGCCUGCCAUACAGCCUAUACCAGAGCCUUCGCUGCCUGUGCAGCCUAUGCAACCUAUGCAGCCCAUGCAACCUAUUCAACCUAUAUCACAAGUAACAAACAACUACGUACAGUCUUCCUAUUAUUCAUCAACUUCUAUGCCAAAUCCUUACCCAUCGCAGCAAGUAAACGGGAACGGUUGGAAUAAUGUACCGUCAUAUCAAGUUCAUCCAAUGAUGUCAAGAAAGCCAUCGGAAAAUGAAGACAGUAGAAGAAUUAGUAAUUCUAUCAACCAGUGGCUAGAAAAGCAACAGCAGUGAAGGCUACACAAAAAUUGAGAACGAAUUGAACAUACUCAUCAUUCAUUCCAGCUAAAUUAUUGUAUUCUAACUAGGAAAUAAAGAGCAUUGGUUGUUAUCGAC